CGGAAUCAGUCAUUCGACGAUUUUAAAAUAAAUAAACUUUUAAUUCUAUCGAAGUCUUGAAAAAAUAAUUAUUUAAUCAAAAUUGAGUUUGUAGCUAUGGAAAAUAUCGCCACACCAACGCAUGUGGUGAUGAAAGAGACCAUUCCAUUAAUUAAUAAGCCACAACGGAGUAUAUUUAAUGGAUGUUGGUGCUGGGCAUGGAAGAAGUGGUUUUCUCCAAGGGAACUUAAAUCCCGUACUGUAUAUGUUGGACAUCGAUAUCAAGGAUUUGAUAAACAGAAAAAUCAAGUCAAAAAUGAAAUUAGAAAUCAGAAAUAUAAUAUCAUUACAUUCUUACCUUUAGUGCUAUUCGAACAAUUUAGAUUCUUUCUAAAUUUAUACUUCCUUGUGAUGGCUCUUUCUCAAUUUAUUCCAUCAGUUAAAAUUGGAUAUUUGUACACUUAUUGGGGACCCUUAGGUUUCGUCCUGACUGUGACUAUUUUUCGUGAAGCUAUUGAUGAUUUUCGUCGUUUUCAACGCGAUCGGGAAGUUAAUUCUCAAAAGUAUCGCCGAUUAAUGCAAUCUGGACAUUUGGAGAUGGUUCCGUCAUCAAAACUUAAAGUCGGUGACAUAAUUAUUGUUGAAAAGGAUGAAAGAAUUCCAGCUGAUCUUGUCUUGUUAAGAACUAGUGAUAAAUCCGGUGCUGUUUUCAUUCGAACAGAUCAAUUGGAUGGAGAGACCGAUUGGAAGUUAAGAUUGGCAGUUCCUGCAACUCAAAAAGUAACAUGUGAUUCAGAAUUACUGAAUAUGGACGCAAGUGUCUAUAUUGAAAAGCCACAACGUGAUAUUCAUUCCUUUAUUGGGACAUUUAGUCGCGAAGGGGGCGAAGAAGAGUCACUGGAUCUUCAAAAUACAUUAUGGGCAAAUACAGUCGUUGCAGCUGGAACUGCAACUGGAAUUAUUGUCUAUACAGGCAAUGAAACACGUUCAGUCAUGAACAAUUCACAACCAAGAUCAAAAAUAGGACUUCUUGAUAUGGAAAUUAAUGGAAUUACAAAAGUUCUGUUCUGUGCAGUCAUUGCACUUGCUUUCGUGAUGAUGUGUAUGAAAGGAUUUGGUGGACCUUGGUAUCGUUACAUGUUCCGUUUCGUACUAUUGUUCUCGUACAUUAUUCCAAUUAGUUUGCGUGUCAAUUUGGAUAUGGGAAAGGCAUUCUAUUCAUGGCAAAUGCAAAAUGACCCCGAAAUACAAGGAACAGUUGUACGGUCUACGACAAUACCUGAAGAACUUGGAAGAAUUUCAUAUCUCUUAACCGAUAAAACAGGAACAUUAACACAAAAUGAAAUGGUCUUUAAGAAAAUUCAUCUUGGAACUGUGGCUUAUGGAAGUGACUCAUUUGAACUUGUCGCAUCAACAAUUCAGUCAUUAAGUGGAACAAUUCAUCCAAAUAGCAGUGAACAAAUAGAAACAGCUAAAUCUGCAAUCAUGCGACGUCCAGAAGGAUGGAGAGUAUGGGAAGCUGUAAAGGCACUAGCAUUAUGUCACAACGUUACACCAGUUUAUGAAGAAACUGAUACAGAAGCCAUUGCAAAGUCUGUGUCUGUUGAAAUUCAAGCUGAAAAAGUUUAUCAAGCUUCAUCGCCUGACGAAAUUGCAUUAGUCAAAUGGACUGAGGAUGUUGGUUUAGCAUUAGUUGAACGUGACCUUAGUUCCAUAACAUUACAAUUGACAGGAAUAGUCAAAUCAUCAUCAUCUGAUAACGCCUCGAUACUUACAACCACAACCGAUUUAAGUUCAAUUUCACAUUCUAUGUCACACGAAAAGCUCCUCAAGUAUAAGAUCCUUCAAAUCUUUCCAUUCACAAGUGAGAGUAAACGAAUGGGAAUUAUUGUGCAAGAUACAGUCAGUGGUGAAAUUACAUUCUAUCUAAAAGGUGCUGAUGUAGUCAUGCUAUCGAUUGUGCAAUACAACGAUUGGUUGAGCGAGGAAAGUGGAAAUAUGGCACGAGAAGGUUUAAGGACAUUAGUUGUUGCCAAGAAAAUAUUAUCAACUGAACAAUAUCUUGAUUUUGAGUCAAAAUAUAAUGCAGCAAGAUUAAGCAUAACGGAUAGAAUUCAAAGAGUUCAGACAGUCAUUGAGUCAAUUGAAAGAGAAAUGGAAUUGUUGUGUUUAACAGGCGUUGAGGAUCGUCUUCAAGAGCAAGUUAGGCCAACUUUAGAGUUGAUUAGAAAUGCAGGCGUUAAAAUUUGGAUGUUGACGGGCGAUAAAUUGGAAACUGCAACUUGUAUCGCAAAAUCAUCACAUUUAGUCGGUCGAAAUCAAAACCUUCAUAUUCUUAAAAGUGUUCAGACACGAACAGAUGCACACCUAGAAUUAAAUCAAUUUAGACGCAAGCAGGAUUGUGCAUUAGUCGUUUCUGGAGAAAGCCUUGAAAUUUGCCUUCAAUACUAUCAGUAUGAAUUUAUGGAACUAGCUACUCAAUCUCCUGCUGUCGUAUGUUGUCGGUGCAGUCCGACCCAAAAAGCGGAAGUCGUUAGAUUAAUUCAAAAGCACACAGGAAAGCGUACUUGUGCAGUUGGUGAUGGUGGAAAUGAUGUUAGCAUGAUUCAACAAUCGGAUGCAGGAAUUGGUAUUGAAGGACGUGAAGGCAAGCAAGCUUCAUUGGCAGGUGAUUUUAGUAUUCCACAAUUUAAGUAUAUCGCGAAGCUUCUCGUUUUGCACGGACGUAGAUCUUAUAAAAGAUCAGCACAGCUAUCACAAUUUGUUAUCCAUCGAGGACUCAUCAUUACAACUAUGCAAGCUAUAUUCUCAGCUGUUUUCUACAUGUCAUCUGUGUCUGUUUAUCAAGGUUUCCUUAUGGUUGGUUAUGCGACGAUUUAUACUAUGUUCCCUGUAUUUUCACUCGUUCUGGAUCAGGACAUUAAUGAAAAAGUAGCGUUAAGAUUUCCCGAGCUUUAUAAAGAUUUAGCGAAAGGAAGAUCGCUUUCUUAUAAAACCUUCUUCAUGUGGGUUCUGAUAUCGAUAUGUCAAGGUGGUGUUAUAAUGUAUGGCGCAUUAGUUCUAUUUGAAGAUGAAUUCAUUCACAUAGUAGCGAUUAGUUUCACAGCAUUAAUUUUGACAGAACUCAUUAUGGUUGCGUUGACAAUUAGAACAUGGCAUAGAUUAAUGGUUGUAGCUGAAUUGUUUAGUUUAGGAAUAUACAUCAUCUCUCUCUUCAUCUUCAAACAAUAUUUCGAUUGGGAAUUCAUUACCACGAAAGAUUUCAUAUUGAAAGUAGCGAUGAUUACCGGUAUUUCAUGCAUACCGCUCUACAUCCUCAAAUUUCUACGUCAAAAAUGUUCACCACCUUCAUAUGUUAAAUUGUCAUAAGGAAAUUAUGAUUUACAAAUUUUUUAUGCAUUUUUUGAACAAUCGUCAACGUUUAAUUUUUAUUAUUCUUAAUCAAGCCGCAUCAAAUAUUUUAUGUAUCUGUUAUAUUAUUUACAUGAUUAACUCUUUAUUAUUUACCUAAUUAAAUUAAUUAUACACAAAAAUGAAAAUAUUCAUUAUUUUCUCCAUGUGAUAAACUUUAUCGUGACUAGAAAACAUUUUUAACUUAUUAUUCGCUUUAGUAAAAACUUUUCAAGCAAAAAAAUGUAACUGACUAGAAGCACAUCGACGACACAAUCGAUUCAUGUUAUUAAUCGUUUUUUAAAACAUGUAUGCUUUGUAAUUUUACUUCUCAGCGACCGGAAAACACUCAAACAUAUGAAAAAUAUUUAUGGAAAAAUGAUCGUGUUGAGUUUUUAAGUGAUAAUAAAUUAUGAGAGUCGAUAUACAUUGAAUAAAUGU